CUAGCUAACCAAAACAACAUGUUGUUCUGUCCAUCAUGUGCUAAUAUGUUGCUCGUAGAGAAUGGUGACAUGGGCGUAAGGUUCUACUGUCCAACCUGUCCCUACAUCUUCAACAUCAACAACAAGGUCGUAUCAAAGGUGCCUCUCAGAAGGAAGCAGAUCGAGACCGAUGUCUUUGGUGGUGAUGAGGCUUGGCUCACAUCUGCACAGACCGAUAUAUAUUGCCCAUCAUGUAAAGAGAGAAAGAGAUGUUAUCUAAUGGAUAUUCAGGUGCAACCUAUUGACGAACCAAAGACAACAUACUACAAGUGUAUACACUGUUCAGCGAGG